AUGAUUGGUAUCUUUUCGAACUGUCAAGGUGCGGCUUCCCGGCCUUUUCUCCGCACCUUGAAACUCUACAUUAAGAAUUUUAAUCCCCAGCUUAUCUGUCUCUUCGAGCCUAGAGUUUCCGGUCAUCAUGCUGAUAAGAUUUGCUCUUCUCUCAACUUUGAUGAAUGGUUUAGAAUUGAAGCUUUGGGCUUCUCGGGUGUGUUGCAGGUGUUCGAGAAUGAUAAUGUCCCUUGGUUUCUUUCACCCAUAUAUGGUAGCCUUGAUCCUAGUCUCAGGAAGCGUUUAUUUGCGGAAUUAACCCACCAUAAUUGCGACAUCAACGACCCUUGGCUCAUGGCAGGAGAUUUUAAUGCGGUGCUUAGCCAGGAGGAAACUAGUAACACUAAUAAUUUUUCCCUCUCACGUUGUGCAGGUUUUAGAGAUUGGAUUUUCCAAGAAGGUCUCCUCGACCUUGGUUAUACUGGUACAAGAUUUACAUGGAUGCGAGGUACGAACUCAGACUCCUUUAAAGGUGCUAGACUGGAUAGAGUGCUCUGCAAUGUGGACUGGAGGUUGAGGUUCCCAGAUGCCACCGUGCAACAUCUCCCUAUAGUCCAAUCUGACCAUUCCCCACUGUUUCUCAAUACUGCGCCAAUUGUGCCAAAGAGGAUUUAUCCUAGGAGAUUUAGAUUUAAUGCGGCAUGGAUUACUCAUCCCGACUUUAGAAAGAUGGUUCAGAUUAAUUGGGAUGUGAACAAAGACGUUUUUGAAAAUAAAAGUUUAUUGGCAGAGAAUCUGGAUUCCUGGAAUAGGGACACGUUUGGUAACAUUUUCCAUAGGAAGAAACGAGUUUUGGCGAGACUUGAAGGGAUCCAACGUAGCCUAUGCGUUUACUGGAGAUCAGAUCUUUUGAGACUACAAAAGAGGUUACGCAAAGAGCUCGAUGAAAUCCUCUACCAAGAAGAACUUCUAUGGUUCCAACGCUCCAGGGAAGAAUGA